AGGAAGAAAAGACAUCUUCCGUUUUGACAGUUUGGGAGACUGUCAAAGUCUUGUAGGGAAGUUUAUUUGACAAAAACAUGUUCAUUUAGACGAAGUAAUCGGGAUGAAUGCUGAUAAUAUUGAGCCGAAUUCAAGUACCUCUAACCGAGUGGUUAGAGCUAACUUGAUGGAAGGCGUAGGGGCACGAGUUGUUCGAGGACCAGACUGGAAAUGGGGAAAACAAGAUGGUGGGGAGGGGCAUGCUGGAACAGUUCGAAAUUUUGAGUCUCCAGAAGAGGUUGUUGUGGUUUGGGAUAAUGGAACAGCCGCUAACUACCGAUGUGCAGGAGCCUACGACCUAAGGAUUCUAGACAGUGCUUCAACAGGUAUCAAACAUGAUGGUACAAUGUGCGAUACAUGCAGACAGCAGCCAAUAUUUGGGAUCAGAUGGAAAUGUGCAGAAUGUUCUAACUAUGAUGUGUGCUCUGUUUGCUAUCAUGGAGACAAACAUAACCUUCGUCACAGAUUUUAUAGAAUCACUGUUCCAGGGUCUGAUAGGGUCGCUGUAGAGCCUCGAAGGAAAAGUAAAAAGAUAACCGCAAGAGGAAUUUACCCAGGAGCUAGGGUGGUGAGAGGUGUUGACUGGCAGUGGGAUGACCAAGAUGGGGGUAAUGGCCGCCGUGGAAAAGUCAUAGAGAUACAGGAUUGGGGUGCUGCCAGUCCAAGGAGUGCUGCAUAUGUUCUGUGGGAUAAUGCUUCAAAAAAUCUGUACAGGGUUGCUUUUGAAGGCAUGGCUGAUUUAAAAGUGGUAAACGAUGCUAAAGGUGGCUCCUUCUACAGAGACCAUCUCCCAUUGCUGGGUGAGCAGGGUCCAGGCUCCAGGGCAGGACCAGGAGGGCUAGCUAUUGGUGACCAGGUCAAUGUUGACCUUGACCUUGAGAUUGUCCAGUCCCUCCAGCAUGGCCAUGGGGGAUGGACAGAUGGCAUGUUUGAGUGUCUGGGUACAACAGGAACUGUGGUAGGGAUCGAUGAAGACCAUGAUAUUGUGGUGUCCUAUCCUAGUGGUAACAGUAGGUGGACUUUCAACCCGGCCGUUUUAACUAAGGUGAACACCCCCAGCAGUGCUUCUGCCUCUGCCAAUGAGAAUACCACCCCCACUCCACCAACACAGCAGUUUGCCGUGGGAGACCUUGUCCAAAUCUGCAGUGAUGCGGAGAAGAUAAAACUACUACAGCGUGGACAUGGAGAGUGGGCUGAAGCUAUGAUUCCUACCCUGGGUAAGAUUGGGCGUGUGCAACAGAUCUACCAUGAUAAUGACCUGAAGGUGGAGGUGUGUGGCACGUCCUGGACGUACAACCCUGCGGCUGUCACCAAAGUCGCAUCGUCAGACGGAGCUGCUAUUGGCAACUCAUCUGGAGAACGUCUAAGUGCUCUCCUGAAGAAGCUGUUUGAGACGCAUGUUUCUGGAGAUGUGAACGAAGAGCUAGUCAAGGCAGCUGCUAAUGGAGAUGGGACCAAGGUGGAUGAGCUCCUACAGCGACCCGAGGCUGAUGCCAAUGGAAUGUUUGCUGGACAUACCGCCCUCCAGGCAGCAUCACAAAAUGGACAUUCUGAUGUCAUACGGGUACUGAUGAAACAUGAUGUGGACUUCGAAAUUGAGGACAAAGAUGGUGAUAGAGCUGUACAUCAUGCUGCUUUUGGUGAUGAGCCCAGUGUGAUUGAACAGUUACAGAGGGGAGGGGCAGACCUUAACGCCAGAAACAAACGUCGCCAGACACCCCUACACAUCGGCGUAAACAAAGGCCACAUCGGUGUGGUGAAGACACUCUUAGACCUUGGCUGUCAUCCCAGUCUCCAGGACUCCGAGGGAGACAGUCCACUCCAUGAUGCCAUCAGUAAGAAGAGAGACGAUAUGAUCUCCAUCCUGCUCGAACAUCAUGCAGAUCUGACAAUAGCCAAUAACAAUGGCUUUAACUCUCUACACCAUGCUGCACUUCGGGGCAACCCAAGUGCGAUGAGGAUAUUACUAACUAAAAUUCCUCGACACUGGAUUGUGGAUGAGAAAAAGGAUGACGGCUAUACUGCCCUCCACCUGGCUGCACUAAAUAAUCAUGUGGAGGUGGCGGAACUCCUUGUCCACCAGGUAAAGUCAUCGUCUCAAGGUCAAGACCAAAAGGUUAAGGGGAAGGCCAACAUGGAUAUUCAGAAUGUCAAUCUCCAGACUGCUCUCCACCUCGCUGUGGAACGACAGCACACACAGAUUGUCAGGUUACUGGUGCGGGAGGGAUGUAACCUGAACGUACCUGACAAGGAUGGUGACACCCCCCUCCACGAAGCCCUCCGACACCACACCUUAUCACAGCUCCGACAACUCCAGGACAUGCAGGAUGUUGGCAAGUUACUAAUGGGACUGGGAACUCCAGGAGCAGAUAAAAAGUCCAGCGCUUCCAUUGCCUGUUUCCUUGCUGCUAAUGGUGCUGACCUCAGCAUCAAAAACAAGAAAGGUCAAACUCCACUUGACCUCUGUCCUGACCCUAACCUUUGUAAAGCCCUGGCUAAGUGUCAUAAAGAACGCCACAGCCCGGGAGCAGCUGCUGAGAACACUGUGAUUAUCCGGAAUGACCAGGAGUCGCUACUGGAGUGUAUGGUGUGUUCGGACCUGAAGAGAGACACACUGUUUGGACCGUGCAGUCACAUUGCUACCUGUUCUCUUUGUUCACCUAGAGUUAAGAAAUGUCUCAUGUGUAAGGAACAGGUCCAAUCUAGGACUAAGAUUGAGGAAUGUGUUGUGUGCUCGGACAAGAAAGCGUCUGUAUUAUUCCUUCCAUGUGGUCACAUGUGUGCGUGUGAUGGUUGUGCUGUCCUUAUGAAGAAAUGUGUGCAGUGUCGUUCCUCCAUUGAGAAGACUGUCCCAUUUAUUGUGUGUUGUGGAGGCUCACCUCCUCCUGCCCCUCAGCCACCUGGAGUUAUGAACAACGGGUCGCGUGAUGUGUCUAAAGACAUUCAGAAGCUACAGCAACAACUACAGGACAUCAAGGAUCAAACAAGCUGCCCUGUGUGUAUGGAUCGCCUGAAGAACAUGAUUUUCCUGUGUGGACAUGGCACAUGUCAAAUGUGUGGAGACAGAAUGGCUGAGUGUCCCAUCUGUCGCAAGUCUGUAGAGAAACGCAUCCUCCUCUACUAAGGGAGACAAUCCUCCUCUACUAGGGGAGACAACUGUCCAAGUGUAUUCUCUUCAAAUAGGGGAGACAACUGUCCUAGUGCAUCCUCCACAAUUAGGGGAGACAACUGUCCUAGUGCAUCCUCCACAAUUAGGGGAGACAACUGUUCUAGUGCAUCCUCCACAAUUAGGGGAGACAACUGUUCUAGUGCAUCCUCCACAAUUAGGGGAGACAACUGUUCUAGUGCAUCCUCCACAAUUAGAGGAGACAAAUGUUCUAGUGCAUCCUCCACAAUUAGGGGAGACAACUGUUCUAGUGCAUCCUCCACAAUUAGGGGAGACAACAGAAUGGGAAUCUUCCUUCUGUAGAAGAAGAGACAAUUUGAUGACCACACCUUGCUCUAGUAGAGGAUACAACCACAGAAAGACAUCUUUUAUUAGAGGACAACUAGAUUAGAGGAAUGCAUUCCCUUUAGUGAAAGAGAAACUGAUUUCUACCAAGGGUGACAAUUAAAUGAACACAAACCUGUCCUCUCCUGUUGAAGUGUGUCUUUCAGACUUGGUAAUGGCUUUUCUGUUAGGGUGAGAUGUCUGAAGAUUCUCAUUCUCAGACACUGAAAAGUGGGGGAAAUGCAGUCCCUUCACUGUCAACUAUAUGAUAAAGAUAUAUCUAUCAUCUUCUUUGACAAACUGAGAGAGUGAUAUUUGACUUGCCUGGUUCCACCCAUCCCUAUUUAGAUUAGAUUUUUAUUAGAUGUCUCCCAGACCCUUACCAUAGAUAAAACCCUACACCAAGGCCAUUAGUGGCACAUAGAGAUGUUCCCCAAUAUAUGUCAUCAAAUCUACCAGACUUCACGCCAGUGAUUUGUGUUAUUAUAAUCACUGAUGAGGAGUGAAUCAAAACUGAUGAAACCGGAAAAUUAAACCUAACAUCAUUGGACUUGAGUAUUUUAUGGGAGAAUGUAAUUUGCAAUAUUGAAUUCUAUCUAUUUGAUGAACUGAUAAAUUUACACUCUGACAGUCAUAGCUGAUAUCUCACUGUGAAGACAGAGUAGAAUUGAUAUAUUCAUGUGGCAUUUACUAUGGUUCAUUCACUACACAAUUAAUAUAUCUGUGAGCAAAUCUUGCCAGGUAAUCACUGAUAUAGUGUCAUUUUCAACAUUGUUUACUUCAAAGUGUACUAGGUAAUUUCCAUGGAAUAACAUGUGUUUGACUGGUAUUUAUAUUGCAGAUUUUACAAGUUAUUUUUCACACAUGUUUACCAUCUUAGAAAUAUCUGUUUUACCAAACUGAUGAACUGUAUAUGCUAUUCAGUGUGAAACUGAAUACAGCCCUCUAUUUAUGACGUUUUACCAGUGAACUAUGGGGAAGUAUGAAUGUAAUAUUGGUACAUCACGUGACAGAAUAGUACUGACUUCCGAUUGGCUAUAUAUAGCUACACAUGUUUAUAAUAGGGUGAUAGUGCUUGCUCCUUCGGGCAAGUUGAGGUUAGCUGCUUCAUUGUGACGUCACUGUUAUCCUUGUGCUGGACGAGACAACAAAAAUGACUGGCAGGCCCUCAGGUAGUGAAAUAUUCAGUUGAAUAUUUAGAUAAGUAAAUCAAAAUGAAAGUGUGAUGUACCUUACACAUUAUUGCCUUGUGGAAAGGGCACUAUUGCCUCAUAGUAUUGUCUCAUGAUGAGAUAGUGCCCUUUCAUCAAGGCCAUGAUAGAUAUAUAGUAUAAAACCAAAUAGACACCCAAUCAUUGUACAGUGUCUGGACAUUACUUUUGGUGGGUUGUUAUCAAAGUUAGGUUGUUUAUUAGUAAUACAUAACUCCAGUGGAAUAUCAUAUAUAUUUCACUUAUAUAU